UAAGAAGCGGGGUGGGGCAAGGGCUCCUUAGGCCCGCUGUCCCCAGAUGGCUGCUACCCAGGGCCCGAGUUGGGCCUGGCGACCUGUAGCACGGGAUCCUCUCCUAGCCCGAGCGUUUCACUCAUGCACCGUGCUGCGGGGACAGCUCUACGUGGUCGGGGGCCUGCCGUGUGGGGGCGCGCACGAGCCCCUCGGGGACGCGGUGACCUUUGACCCGGCAGCGGGCCGGACCUCCCGGGCGGGAGGCUCCGGCGGGCCCAGGCGCAGCCACCACGAUGCGGCAUGCGUAGGCGGUCGUUGGCUGUGCGUGGUGGGUGGCUGGGACGGGUCCCGUCGAGUGGCGGCCGUAGCCGCCCUGGAUGCUGAGCAUGGGGUUUGGGAGGUAUGGUCCGCAGCCCCGGGCAACAGCCCCCCGGCCGGCCUCAGCAGCCACACUUGCACCCGCCUGUCGGACCACGAGCUGCGUGUGGCCGGGCGCGAGGGCGGCACUCGCACCCAGCGCCGCUACGGCAGCGUCUACACCCUGCGCGUGGACCCCACUGCGCGCACCUACAGCUACCGCGAAGAAGGCUGCCACACGGCCUCACGCUCCGGGCACUGCGCCGCGCUGCUCCGCACUGGCGGCUCCCACCCGGGCCACCAGCUCCUGCUCUUCGGGGGCUGCAACUCCCCCGAGCCCGAAGUGGCUGGGCACUGGGGUCAGGACCAGAUCCAGGAGGAGCCAGUUGUUGCCUCUGGGCUGAUAGAAAAGCUUUCCAGGUUAGUCGGCAGUGAGCAGGGGGCCCUGCAGGGGCCCCGGGGUCUUCGGCACCAUUCCUGCUCCGUGGUGGGGCCCUUUGCGGUGCUGUUUGGUGGAGAAACUCUGACCAGAGCUCGGGACACAGUCUGCAAUGACCUUUACAUCUAUGACACUCGCAAACCAAGAAGGCGCUGGUUUCACUUUCCCUGUGCAGAUCGAAGAAUGAAACGUGUAGGCCAUCGAACCUGCCUCUGGGAUGACCAGCUCUAUCUAGUUGGGGGCUUUAGUGAGGAUGGCAAGACUGCAAGUCCAGAUGUUUAUACAUUGGAACUAACUAUCUGAGCUGAGGAAAUCUGCUUCCUCAGUUUAUCCCAACACAUAAAGCAUUCUAUUACUAGACCUAUGUAGUUAUUCAUUAAAUGCUAAU